CUCCUAACCGCAGAGAGGGACGCCGACGCCCGCCGCCGGCCGGCCGCACGAUCCUCUCCACUAGCCGGCUCGCCUCCAACCUGCAGGGCGUCCGCAUUGCGCACCAUCGCUGGCUCCUCCGCGGCGCCAGACCGGCACCGCCGAUCUGCCGUAGCAAGUUAAGCAAGCUUUGCCCUUGCCCUUUGUGGAUUCAUGCAGCCGUCCUGCUUGAUGAAAUGCCGGCACCAACAUCCAUUCCCUGUGGUUCAAAGAGUGCGGGAGGCAACGGGGAUGGUGUCGACAGGCUCAGCAGCCUGUCAGACGAUCUGCUCCACCAUGUGAUGUCCUUCUUGCCGAUGCCGGAGGUCGUGCGCACAAGUCUUCUCUCACCAAGAUGGCGCUUUCUUUGGUGCUCUACACCAUUCAUCCGCAUCGACGGCGAAGACUUUGUGGAUCAAUGCAAGCUGGAGAAGUUCGGGGACCGCUUGCUGCUCUUGCGUGACGGUGCUAUUUCCUUGGAUGAAGCCCGAAUCCAUGCCUACCGUGCUGAUAGUACCACGUGUUCCGCAUGGAUUCGUCAUGCCAUUAUGCACAAAGUUCGUCUCCUUCAUAUUUCUGGAUUUCUCCGUUUGGAUAGCACAGCAAUGUUUCCUUCUCGGCACCUCAAAAUAAUCAGGCUGCAAUCUGUCACGUUGAAACAUGGGUUAUUUAGGCCAUUGAACUACGACUGCCCUGUUCUUGAACAUUUAGAGCUGGAGUUGUGCAGUGUCUGUGACCAUGAGGAGAUCUCAUCAAGCUCACUCAAGGUUCUGGAUAUCAGUCACUGCCUCAUUAUCUCCAGUCUCCUGAUUUGUGCUAGGAACCUUACCCAUCUCUCUAUCCUUCACCCAUAUGCUGGUGCUAUAGUAACUAGGGAUCUGUCUUCUCUGGUGACAGCUUUGAUUAAUCUAAGGUCUAAAUCUUUUCAUCAUAUGGGCACAGUAAUGGAUCAUCAUCUACUUGAUGGCCUUCCGCAUGCCACAACGUUGGAGCUGCAUGCGCCAUUACAUGAGCGCGCAUUUGAGGGAGGUAUGCUAACAUGCCCAACGUUUAGCAACCUGACAAGCCUGGUGCUGGGCGAUUGGGUCAUGACUGCUGACUUCUACCCAUUGCACCGCAUUCUCCAGCUCUCAGACAAGCUGAAGGAGCUAACUUUGAAGCUCGAAAUGGAGGAAUGCAGCACAUGCAAAGCCUUGCCGCCAACAAGGAGAGCGCCGCCGUCGGCCUCAGGCAGCUACCCUUGCAUCGAGAGGAUCAAAAUCUACUGCCGAGAAGAACAUCCGAGGGUCGAUGAGUUGGUGCAGGCGUUGCUGCCCAUUGCCGGCAAUGCGAAGAUCAGCAUCGAGUGGCCCUGAUCCAUGCUAAAGCAAGACCUCGUUCAAAUAUCUCUGCAAACACCACGAAUAAUAAUUUAUAACAUGGUUUCUCUUCAAAUAUCUCUCCCCAAAAGCACAUAUAUCAAGCAUUGAUAUCAGGAUGGGACGGCGCUGGAACUUGUGCUCUGUAUCCACCAGGAAACUUCUUUGUUUGCGCAAGACUGACUUCUGAGUUAUGUGUUGUGCGAAGUAUUAUUUCUCUGUAGAUUAAUCUGCCUUGUUUUUUUUUUGCAAAAUAAUCUGAUUAGUUAGUUACUGGUGCUAGCUGACUUGUACUAUUCUGGUAGCAUGAUGCUACUGACUUAUUUUGCCUCUCUUUUUAUGAAGUAUAA